AUGUCCACGUUUUUGAGAUUUGCUAGUCCCAAUGAGCGCCGCACAAUCUGUCGCGAAGAUGUCGGCUUUUAUAAUGCUCUUCUGGUAGGAGCAGUGUAUGAGAUUGCAAGUGAAAGGAUAGAUUUGGAUUCGCCUGAAUCUUUCAUUGCCCCUCUGAAGGCGUGCAUUGAGAAGUACUCAUUCUUAUCCGUCGUCCCCAAGGAUAAAGACACCGAAAAGUCGUCCUAUCAUGCAGUUCCGACCAUCAAUUUUCAAGAUCAUAUCUCUAUCAUCCAAAACGACAACUUUGAUGAUGACACAACAACUUUUGAAAAGGUCCUGCCGCAGAUACUCGAUCGUCCAUGGCCUGCCGCUACGCCCCCCUGGAGGAUUGUCGUACUGCCUUUGGCAUCAGGGGACUCCGCGGCAACUCGCUGCUUAAUUAAUUUCGCCUUCUGCCAUUCCCUCGGGGACGGUAUGGUCGGAGUCGCCUUCCAUCGCACAUUUCUCGAUGCGUGGCGAGACGGGGUUCGUCCCGAGGGAGAACAGCCUUUCCUAAUCAACCUCCCUGACCGAACCCUUCCAGCACCCUUUGACACGCCCGAAAGACUGCCUAUUUCAUGGAAGUUCUUGCUUGGACCGCUGAUAGCGGUUUACCUGCCAACUUUCCUAGCUUCGAUGCUAGGACUGCAGGCGCAUGCUAGCACGGUUGACGCUGAGACUUGGACUGGGGCGCCUGCCUUUUUCGACCCGGCGGAAACCAGCCCCAGCAGAGUGAAAAUGCUCGAAAUCGAGGCCCCGCUGUUGCAGAAGACUCUACAAAUCUGCAGAAAACAUGACACCAAAUUCACUGGAAUGCUUCACCAGAUGGUUGUCCGCGCGUUGAGCAAGGCUUUCGUUGAUCCCAGUGUCACCAACUUUGUCUCAGGUACUGCUGUUGACAUGCGAAGGUCUAUUGGGGUAGCACCCCUUUCUUGGGGUCUUUAUGUGACAGGCCACUACGAGGUGCAUAAGCGGGCAGUCCUGCCGGAGUCUCCUGCGCUGCCAGAUUACAUGUGGACAGAUGCCAGUUUGAUAUCGAAGAGACUGGCCGAGUGCUCGACGAGGCUACAAGACCAAUCUAUUGGUUUGCUCAGAUACGCUCCUAGCAUUCGGAAUUGGACCCUGGGAAAGGUUGGGGGAAAACGAGAUUGCUCAUAUGAAAUAAGCAACUUGCUUGCCUUUAAUGAUGGGGGUGCCGCAGAUCAAAAGUGCAGCAUCAGUAAGAUGAUCUUUUCACAACCAGCGAACGUUCCCAGUGCGCCCCUUAACUUUAACGUUAUCAGUGUUAAAGGGGGAAGCUUGAUGUGCACAGUAAACUGGCAGGCUGGAGCUUUGGGUAUCCCUGUGGAGGAAGAGAAGUCUCUCAUCGAUGGAAUAUGCGCAUCAAUCCGGGCGGACUUUGAAUCCCUACAGGAUUAG